AUGCUGGGCUUUAUCGCCGCGGGGCUUGCGGCCCUCGCCGCCAUUUCUUACCUCGUCAUUCGACCUAUCUUCCUCUACUUCUACGACUCCAAGGGUCUCCGCAAAUACCCCAAUUAUUCUCCCUUGUCACCAUUUACAGACUUGAGGCACUGCUAUCUCACAGCUCAAGGCUUCCGUUCCAAGGAGCUUCAUCAGAAGCAUCAGACAACAGGGCUGCCAAUCUUGAGAACUGGUCCUAAUGCCCUAUCCUUCGGCGACACCCGGGCCAUCAAAGACAUCUACGGUCACAGCACCAAGUGCGUCAAGGACAACAAUUACGUUGUUCUUAGCGGGAGCCACAGGCAUCUCUUCGAUGUUGUUGACAAGCCGGAGCAUGCGCGAAAGCGCAAGUUGUUGUCGGCUGCUUUCGCCAUCAAGAACCUCGAAAAGUGGGAGUACAAGGUCGCCUACACUGCAGAGCGCCUAUUCAAGGCAUUCGAUGAGAAAUGCACCGAGCCUUUGAAAGGCACCAUCCCUGAGCCUCAGGAUCUCACCAUCGACUUCAACCACUGGAUCAACCUCUGGACCAUUGAAGCCAUCAACUUCAUCACCCUGUCCUCGAAGAUGGAUCUCCUUGAUACCGGAACGGAUGUUGUCACCGCUGAAAGGCGCGAUGGCAGCACAUACAAAGCUCGCUACCGCCACUCUCAGAAUCAGACAGCAAUUGCCCAAGCGGUGUUCGUUUGGGACUACAACCUGUGGCCUUGGAUUGAGUGGAUCACAAAGUCUGUGCCCAGCAAGUAUAAGAAGAUUUGGGAGGACGGCAAGCCCUGGGAUGAUGUGUAUUACCACGCUGCUGCUGAGCGCCUGCGCAAGUACCAAGCCGGUGAAAAGCUGGACGACUUCUUUUCUUGCAUGAUGGAAGACAAGACUGGCUCUCCCAACAACCUUGACUGGGGUGAGCUUGUCGCCGAGGUCGGCGCCAUCAUCAACGCUGGAUCAGACACCACAGCCAUCGCCUUGACGCACAUUCUGGAGCUUUUGAUCCAGUAUCCGGAGUACAUGGACAGACUUCGCAAGGAGGUCGACAGCGUCCUAGAGCCUGAAGAGGUGAUCGCUCCCUACGACAAAGUCAAGGACCUUCCAUUUCUCAAGGCAUGCAUCGACGAGGCUCUCCGCUUCAUCCCGCCUACAUCAGCUCCACUGCCUCGUCGCACGCCUCCAGAGGGGGCUCGCAUUCUGGAUGAGUGGAUUCCUGGCGACACCAGUGUAUCGAUGACUAUCUAUGGAGCGCACCGAGAUCCGAAAAUCUUCCCUGAUCCGGAAACCUUCAAGCCGACGAGGUGGCUGGACUCUGAGGAUCGGAAGCGCAUGGAGCCGUACUUCAUCCCUUUUUCGACGGGGGCGCGUGGGUGCAUCGGCCGGAACAUUUCGUAUUUGGAGCAGAUUAUGAUGCUGGCCUCAUUGGUUCAUCGGUAUGAGUUUGCUUUGCCUUCUCCUGAUUUCAGGUUGGAGAGAUUCGAGGCUUUCAACAUUAUAUGCGGGCCUAUGCCAAUUAAGAUUUGGCGAAGGAAAAUCGAGUGA